CUGAGCUCCAAUCACCAAUUCCUACUGCAAAAGCAGCCUCUGCAUUUUUGUCUGUCUGAAUGCUGCUAGCACGGCGGAAAAAAAAACAGUGAGGGGAAGGAAAACUGAAGAAAUGUUAAAAUCCAGCGCACUGUUACAUGGCGAGCGGAAGUCCUGCGCUAAUGGAGUUAUUCGCGGACUCCUUCGACGCUAGAGAGCUCGGAUCAAAAUGUCGACACCGAUGAGGACUUUGCUGGACGUACAAAAGCUGUGCAGUAAACUCUCUCUGUCCUCUCCUGCUUUGGAACCAAUGGAAAGUGGAGGGGACUGCUGAGUUCUUUCUGCUGGAGGAUGCAGCGCUGCUCUUUCCUCAUUUAAUGGCCAGGCUGAACAGACGUCAUCUCAACCAGCCUCACCUGUGCCUCGUGGACCUCCUGCUGGAUGUGCUGAGUGACCAUAACCCCUACAUCCUAACCCUCGCAUCCCAGAGCCAACCACUGCACCACAUAAACCUGAGCAUCCAGAUCUUCAUCUACAUCUCCAUCUUUGAUUUGGUUAUUUUUCUUCAGAUGAGCGAUCAAUCAAGCUCAAGCUACAGUGAGAUGGCUAAUGUCGAAGGGCAGAGCGAUGGCUCAUCCAAUCAGAUUUACAAGAUAAAGGAGCUUGAGAAGAUGUUCGUGCAGCAAGGAAACGGUACUUUCCCAUCACUCGUAGAGGAUAAUAGUGAAGUUACCCAAAUGCAUUCAUCCAACCCUCAAACCAAACACUUCUACAAGAUAGAAGAGAGUGAAGGGGGAGUGGCUAGUUCAGGAGGGCGUGGUUUGUGUACAAUGGAGGGUGGGGCCAAUCCUAAUAAAGCAGAAUCACUGGAUAGUUCAUUUAACAGAGAGCAGAUUAUUGUGGAGGUCAAUCUCAACAACCAGACUUUGAAUGUUUCCAAAGGGUCUGACGGUAAAGGUGUGUCAUCCCUGCUCAUUCACCAACAUGUCAGUCUUCCUGUCACGGAGGAACAUAGGGAACGGGAUGAAAAUGAAGAUGUUGGUGAGGAUGAAGAAGAGGAGUAUGAACACAGAAAUGAAGAGAUGGAAAACUGCAGUGAUGAUGAAGAUGAUGAGGAUGAGGAUGAAGAAGAGAACAACCUUGACAUUCCAGAUUCAGGACGCAGCAGCCAGGAAAGACUACGUGCCCCAAGAAUAACUACAAACACCGCUAUGAGACAAACGUUAAUCGAUGCCACAUUAGAAGAAGGCAGGAAGAGAAGGAAAGAGCAGGAGGGUCUGGGUCAGAAGGUGAAGCUUGAAGAAAAGCAGCACUUUUCUUGCAAAAAGUGCCCUCGUGUUUUUAACAACCGCUGGUAUUUGGAGAAGCACAUGAACGUCACUCACAACCGCAUGCAGAUCUGCAACAAAUGUGGCAAGCGCUUUUUACUGGAGAGCGAGUUGCUGCUGCAUCAUCAGACUAACUGUGAGAAAAACAUACAGUGCGUGACUUGUGGAAAAGCUUUUAAAAAGCUGUGGUCUUUACACGAACACAACAAGAUUGUCCAUGGAUACGCCGAGAAGAAGUUCUCUUGUGAAAUCUGUGAAAAGAAGUUUUACACCAUGGCACAUGUCCGGAAACACAUGGUUGCUCACACUAAGGACAUGCCGUUUACCUGUGAGACAUGUGGGAAGUCCUUCAAACGCAGCAUGUCUCUUAAAGUGCACUCGCUUCAGCACUCUGGAGAAAAGCCCUUCAAGUGUGAGAACUGCAGUGAACGAUUCCAGUACAAAUACCAGCUGAGGUCACAUAUGAGCAUCCAUAUCGGACAUAAGCAGUUCAUGUGCCAGUGGUGUGGGAAAGACUUCAACAUGAAGCAGUACUUUGAUGAACACAUGAAGACACACACUGGAGAGAAACCAUACAUCUGUGAGAUCUGUGGAAAGAGUUUCACGAGCCGGCCCAAUAUGAAACGUCACCGCCGCACACACACUGGCGAGAAGCCGUACCCCUGUGACGUGUGUGGACAGCGUUUCCGCUUCUCCAACAUGCUCAAAGCCCACAAGGAGAAGUGUUUCCAGGUUAGCAACCCCAUGGCAUCUGAUACCACCACCAAUCUGCUGGGCUUUGACCCCGCGUCGGCUGACAUGGACACAGCAGCCAAUCAGAUUCCCAGCCACCCCGUGACUCCUCCCACCGAGGCUUCCAGUCUUCACCAGGUCAAGCCGCUCUCACUUCCUUUCAUUCACUCAAUCGUAGGUCUUUCCUCUCCUCCGGCCCUGUUUUCCACUGAAAAGGUUAACACCGGUAAUAACUAGUUUCAAAUAUAUACAUUGUUCAUUUAAAGUUUUGUUUUUAUCUGAAACCCAAAGCUUGCAGUAGCUCCCCGUAAGCUCUUUGAUUCAUAUCCAAUGUGAAUCACUCACGUCGGGGUUUCCAAAAGUGAGGUCUAAGACUUCUGUCGUGUGUUUGAACAUUGUCUGAUAUAAAUAUUCCUUUUAAACUGUGCAAAUUUUCACUUCUCUUAUUCUAGUAGAGAUAUUUUAUAUAUUGUCCAAAUAAGCUUCUCAUAUUACAGAAAGAAAACAAAUGUUCUCAUUAUUUAUGUUGACGUGUAAUGCAUUUUUGUGAGCUACAGGAUUAGGAUUUGUUAUCGCAUUUCUGCGUUUUACAUGCUCUUGACAUAGCCGGUAUUUUUUUUGUCAGUUUAAGCCCAAAGUAUACUUCAUUUUGAAGAAUUGUGUUUGAGCUAAAUUUGCUGCUCACAGGCCACAUGAGCUGUUUUUACAGCACUAAGUUUGUCCACAAGGUGUCAACACUGAACUGUCCUUGGCUUCACAAACAGAAAAGAAACAGGCGAUGGAACAAGAACAACCAUAGACUACUGAAGCUGGUGAAAACAUUACAUACCAGCGUUAACAAAACCAUUUUACAAUCAGAUAUUGAAGAGAAAAAUCACAGACAUUGGACAAUGGCUCAAUCUAGUGUGUAUUUUGUGAGUCUGAAGGAAUUUAUCAGCUAUUUUUACAGCAAAAUAUCAUUGCAAACAGAAAUUAAGUAUACUUUGGGCUUUAUUCUAACCAUUUCAUUUACUGUAGCUGCUUUGUGAAAUUAAAAGCAGAUGGCGCUAUCUUGAAGUUGCGAAACAGCUCUUCAGUCAAUAAACUAUUAGCCGCUGCGUCUCCUUGCCAUUACCAAAUCCUGAUGCAUCGCAGUAACCAAAUCCUGUUAGUUUAUAUGUUAUUACUGAAUAUGAAAUGUAUAAUCACUCCAGCACCUUAUUUUUAAUCACAAAUGUAUUUAUAUUGUCCUGUUGACAUAUUCUGAAAGUUUGCAAAAGUUUGUUUUGUGAAUCGUCUGUGCAGGGCACAGGAUGAACGAUUGGUUUUCUUCAAAGGUUAUAUGUAGCAAAGGCACUUGAGAAUAAUCAUUUAAGAAAUAUUCAUUGUUUUUAAGAAAAAAAACCCAAAGAAGGAUGUUUUGCAAGUUUUUUUCUCUCUCUCUUUAUAACCUUUUAAAUUUUUCUGAGCACUUUACUCUCAGUGUUGGCCAUUUGUGUAAUGGCAAAAUCUGAAAUGCCUGAAACCACUUAUGAAGAAAUGAGCGUGAAAUGGAGUGUGUUUUAUUUUGCACAGAGGCAAUAUCAAUCCUGGAGGAACGCCAGGGUGUGUAUGGUUCAGAAAUAAUUUUGUGUUGAAUGUCUGAAAUACUUUAUGGUACACCGAACUGGUUUAUCAGCUAUUUUUUACAGCAAUAUAUCAAUCUUUUACUUAUCCUAAAUAGAUUUUUUUAUUUGAUGAUGGAUUUAAAUGACAGCAGGCCUGAAAAACUUCAGAAAAGCGAAGGGUUGAUUUGUCAAAUGAUAGAAUUCAUGUCAUUGUUUUUUGCCCUGAAAUGUAAGUAUGUAGCAAACUGUUAGACUGACAUGUACACUUUGAAAUGGGCCUGUCAAGAGGCCACAUAGAAAACGUUUGUAGAAUUUCCUUAUCCACUGACAGAGGGGAUUUAUACAAAUAUAGUUCAAGAAAUUGCUAACACCUCUAGAAGCAGUAAAAUGUAGUAGCUACAGUAUUAUAGGUAUAAUCCAAAAAAUAUAUAUAUAUAUAUUUAAAUAUAAAUAUAUACACACACAUAUACAAUAUGUACAAAUAUACAUAGUCUGUAAAUAUAUUCUGUGUCAGAUUUAGUUUUCUUUGUUUACAUUGUUUAUAGAGUCAAAUGAAUGUGAUGAGAUGUGGAGGUCAGCACUUGCAGGAUGGAAAUAAGCUUUUCAUAUGGGGAGGAAGCUCUUAAAAUGUCUUUACAUUUUCUGUUUUACCUUACAAUGUUCACCUGUUAAGUUCUUGGGUCAGAAAAUCAGCUUAAUGCAGGUUAUAGCAAGUGACUUUAAAUGAUGCUUUAGGAAGUUUUAGGUCUUGGCAGAAUGGUCAAUUAAAGGAAUAGUAUGACUAAAAGUGUAAGAUCUGUAUUUUGAAAUUCGACUUUUUUCUUAAAAGAUUUGGUAUUAAUUGGAAAUCAUUUUAUUUAGUAUUGAAAUGUAUCAGAGUGAAAUGGUCUUUCAAAACUAUUAUUAAGCAGCUAAUUAGUAGUUUAGUAGACAAGUUUGACGUCAUGUGCUACGGUAUGUGUUUUCUAAAAGAUUGUACUUAAAGUAUUUUUUUUAAAUUGACAAUAAAAUUUAAUUAUGACAAAUCCCGUUGACUUGACGGAUUGUUCAAAUGAACAAAAACUAUUGAAACAAUUUUACAGGGUUCCCACACUUGAAAGUAUUUGAAUUUCAGACCUAAUAAUUUAAGCCCUGGAAGAUAGGUAAAAGGAAAUAUAGGUCCUUAAAAGUGCUUGAAUUUAAAGUUUAUGGUGUUAUUUCAACAACUGUACUGCACUGCUCUCUAAAACUGAACAAAAAAAUUCACAAACAGAAAAAAAUCUUAAACUUAAAUCUUAUACAAGAAAUAUGACAAAUCAUGCAUUUUAUCAACAUUUUAAAAACCGCAUUUGAAUAUUACCAGUAUUGAAUUCAACUAAUUGUAUUAAAGUUCUUUGAACAUGACUGUUUAAAACAUUUUUGAAAAUAAGUCAUUGACAUUUAAUGACAUUUUAAUGUAAAUAUUUAGUUAGAUACUACACUUAGAUACGAUUGGUGUUAAUAGCAGGUUUGGCAUGCUGUCCCGGGAGAGAACCCUGAGCUCAGAGAUAAUUGAGCCCAAGGCCUGAGAUUAGGUGGGUCCUGAGAGCUCUCCCUGGAAUCGGGAGGAAAAGGAGGAGAUGGGGUGGAAGGGGGAAUUUUUUUAAAACAAAGAUAAGGCAGUAGGGUGAAAUUGGUCUAUUUAUUGUAAGCUUGGAUUAGUCUGAUUGGAUUAUUACUGAUUACAGAAGAGAGGCCAGUCGUGAUCAGUCAUAUAACAUGCUUCUCUCGAAAUUAGUUUAUAAAACUUCACAAAGUGUAAGUGAAAUAAGUACAGGAAGGACUUUCAUUGUGCUAUAUAUGGUGGGGGUGAGAAUUCAAUUUAAAAUUAUUAGAAAGUAUUACACUGAAACAUUUAAAAAGUCCUUGAAAGUCCUUGAAUUUGGCGUCCAUGAAAGAGUGGGACCCCUGAUUUUCAGAAAAACUGUUGUCUGUUUAAAAUGACUACUUACAUUUACUUCAAACUGAAAGCUACUAAAUCUACUACAAACUCUUUUGACAAGUUUUCUCAAGCGAGCAUAUAAUUUAUCUCCUUAAACCUUUCUUAAUCUAUAUGGCAGUAUUCUGCAUUGGCCAUUAUGCUUAUUCCUGUAACCGUAAGUUGGUCAUAAACAGCUUAGAUAUGAUGGCACUGUAAUGAACCAGCUUAAAGUGUGUAAUAAAAUGUAGUUGCCAUGAUUAUGAAUGUGGUGGUGAUUGGUGAAGUCAAAGAUUUAAGCAAAGAAUUAAGCAAAAGAGACAUUACAAAUGAUUUUGGUGGAAAUCUUGCAAUAAUGUUGAUGAUGAUUGUUUAAGCCUCUUUAUGGUUUAGCCACGGAUCGACCAUGUUGUCAGUGUUUUAAUUUAUUAUUGCACCAUAAACCAAGCUCACUUUGACCUCACACACAGAGGGUACUUUCAUUUACGCGUUCAUUACUUUUUUUAACACAUGAAGACUUCAGAUGUAAGAAUUUUGACUUUUCCUUUCAAGUGAGCAUUUAUGUUUAGAUUUAGCAAAUGUGAAUUCAAUAGCAUAAAUAUAAAUUUCAAUUUAUGAAUAACAUGACAUUAAAGUCUGUGUGAAAUCAAAAUGUAUUCAUUAUUUUGCUUAUGUACAUUGUUGCUCUUUAGAUGAACUAUUAAAACUAAUCCAUACAAGUAAUUCCACACACAUAAAAAAAGUUUGUUUUGGUAAUCUUCAAUCACAGUCUGACCAUUUGCUUCCACAUUUGGAGUGGCAGUCCUUCUCUGAUGAUGUCAGUUUGACCUGCCUGAUCUCACGAGAGAACAAGUAUUUACAAGUAUUUUACAUUUGUCAGUUUGGUGGCUAACUAUGUUGGCAAGUUCUACAAACACACGCAUUAAAAAACAAAUCUAAUAUAAGUUUUGAUAAAAACAUGCACUCGCUGUGGCACAAAUAGCGGCAAUGUUUUCUUUACAAAUAUUAUUGAGAAUAUGCCAUAUUCUAUUCUAAAACAUUAAAACCACCUAAUUGACACUCUAAUCUCACAUGUACAGUUGGAUAUUGUUUAUUUAUUUUUGUUUAUAUAAAAGUCUACAUUUCCAGUUUGACACAUUCAAACCACUGCAGACAUUUUCUAACCUACAGGCUCAUGUCAUAAAGGCCUACAGUACAGAUACAAUUCCUGAUAAAUAACCUACUAUAAAUUAAAAGCAUUAACGUAUGCUAUAUAUUUUGUUUUAACAAGCUUUGGAGAGGUACAGACGUAAAUUAUGCUUUUAAAUAAUAGGUCACCUAUAGCUUUUGUCAUGAGCCACGGCUGCGUUCAAAAUGGCAUAAAUGUUGGCAAAGUGCACCGCGAAAGGGAACGCAUUUGUCAAAUUGUAAAAAUACUUUGAAAGCUAAUUACGCCUAAGAGAGAUGACUUUAAUGUUUUUAAACCAUUUUAAGAUUAAAUGUUGGAACGUUUUAAAUGAAUAGCGCAUGGGGGGGAUAACUGGGAAUAGAACACAACCAGGAACUGUGCUUAGCUACAGUAUAGUUGGAAACUUUGCGACGCAGUUUGCGAAUGUUCAUUGGAACGAUGGAUUUGGGAAACAGCAAAUCAACAAACUAUGUUCGUAACUACGGAAUUUGUGAACUUUGUUGGCUAACAAGGGUGUUCGGAAACACAUCCUGACUGAUUUGGUCAGCUCACAUUGCUAGUUUUGUGGUAAAUAAUCCAUCUGUGCAUGUCAUUAUAAAAAAAAUAGUUUGCCCUUCUAGUCUAAAAUUGAAAUCUGAAAAUGCACUUCCGGUUGGUUUUCUCUCUGAGGUAUUGGGCAUGGUUAGCAAACUUAACCAUGUGCCUCCAACUGUCAUUUUUGACAGCGCUAUAACAACAAACAGAAAUGGUGAGGAGGAAUUUAUUAUUCCGUUUCUCUAGGAACUGUCAGAGUACGGAAAAAAGGCCACAACUUCCAGUUCAUUCCGACUUUAACCACGCCCCUCUUACCAAUAUUUUGCUACAAGGAAAUGAUGCUCAAAAAGAAAGCCCCGCCCCCUUCUCAAUAUUCCUUGUUAGCUGAACCUACAUCAACAUACUGUAAGUCUCAGCAAACCCUAGUUUAUUCAGACUUUAAAGUAAACUUCCAUAUUGAUUUUUGUAUCUGAAGUCUUCAUGUUUAAUUUCAUUUCCUUCUUCAGUAAUAUCAACAUAUUACAAAAAAAAACUUCCCUAGAAACUACUCUAUUGUCAUUUAACAUGAAUUACUAUUGAAUUAUCUUGUUACAUUAUUUUGUGUGCGUGUGUGUGUGUGCACUUUAUUUGAAUACUAAUCUUAAGGUACAAGGUUUCAGAUAAUACAAGUUUUGUUAAAUAAAACACUGCUUUGUUUUUCUUUCAGUUCUCUUUCUGUUUAUCUAAAGUCUUAUUAUAUUUUAUGUGAAUUUAAAUUGCACAGAGGUAAACAAACCUCAAUCUCUGCAUAUGUUGUAUGUAAAAGGCCAUCGAGGAGCUAAAUCUGUAAGAAUUAAAGGUGAAAGUCUUUGUUUUUUAUGGAUAUUUUGCUGACUUUAUUAUUAUUCAUAGUUUGCUGCUUCUUAAGAAAGAUUUAGGAUGCUUUGUGGCCUUCUUGUUUUCUUUUUAAAUGUUUAUUUAAGUAAAUUUGGAAAGUAUGACAUGUUAAGAAGGAUUCAUGUGUUUAGUUUGUCUGGUGUCUUUUAUUCUUUGUAAUAAAUAAUAAGCGAUUAGCAAGAGAUGAUUUGCCCUUCAGAGUUUGAGUAGUUUGUUUCAUUUUUAAAGAAACCAUUUACCAUGUUGAAUGAUAUUUUAAAGCCAAAUUCAAGAAAUAUACAGUAUAUCUUAAACUAACGCUUCAAAUGUAAAACUGAAACUCUCCCAUGCUUUCAGUGUAUUGAACCAAUCAUGAGUGUGACUGUUCUUAAGUUUUAAUACUAUAAUCUAGUUAACUUUGUGUACAUCAGCUGGCAGCCAUGCCGGUUCUGUCAGCAGAUUACUAAACAAUGCAAGGACUAGAGUCUAGCGGUGCUAAUCAAACAAGGCUGUAUUUUAUGUCAUUUUAUUGUACUGAGUAAUUAUUGUCUGUAACAAACAAAAUAAAAUGAUAAUUUCAAUAGCGAACUAAAUGAAACAUCA